AGCAAGCAAAGCAUCCCCUUGAAAGCCGGCGAGGCCCAAGGGGCGCGAAGAGGCGAACGGGUGGCUGUGACGAAGCCGGGAUCCGGUCUUCCGUUCCCGGCUCUAUUUAUGUCCUCCACCAUCGAUUCCACGCACCAAAGCUUAACGCAACUCCAUCGCACCACUAUCUCUGAUCACCCGUAGCUUCGCCGUUCCGGCAGAUUAACCAAGGAAGAAGAAGAUGUCGUGGCAGACGUACGUUGACGAGCACCUGAUGUGCGAGAUCGAGGGCCACCACCUCGGCUCCGCCGCCAUCCUCGGCCACGACGGCACCGUCUGGGCCCAGAGCGCCGCCUUCCCCGCGUUCGAGCCCAAAGAGAUGACCGACAUCAUGAAGGAUUUCGACGAGCCGGGGCACCUAGCCCCGACCGGCAUGUUCCUCGGAGGCGCCAAGUACAUGGUCAUCGCCGGUGAACCUGGCGCGGUCAUCCGCGGCAAGAAGGGAUCAGGAGGCAUCACCAUCAAGAAGACAGGGCAGGCGCUGGUCAUCGGCAUCUACGACGAGCCCAUGACCCCUGGGCAGUGCAACAUGGUGGUGGAGAGGCUUGGCGACUACCUCGUUGAACAAGGCAUGUAGGCCGGUUGAUCCAUGGCCUGGACGACAUGAUCAUAUAUAGUUUCCACGUUUCUUUAAAACAUCUAUGGAUAUAUGGGGCUUCUCCUCUUUUUACCGGCUCUAGUCUGAUAUGACUAGUCGCUCUGAAAAGUUUCAUUUAUUUUGUAAUGCCAUUUUUUGGCUUUCUGCUUUUCUUUUCCCUUCACGGUCGGUGCCUCAUUUUGGUUUGUCACGCGAAUUGCGUGUUGAGAUCGAACAAAUUCUGGGACUUUUGUUAUUGCAUUGUAAAGAUAUAUUUCCUUUUUGUGUGAAAGGAUUGUUUCAUUCAUUGCAAUGUGAGUACAGAGAGAUUUAAAAAUA